AUGUCUGUCUCAGAGGCUGCGUCUAACAACCGAACUGUAGUUCUAGUUGGAAGAACGGGAGUAGGAAAAUCGGCCUGCGCAAACACUCUUGCGGGCGCCGAUUUAUUUGAAGAAAGCAAUUUGUCUGCGAGCCAGACGAAGUUUGUCAACAGCCAAACUAUUCGUGUCGUUCGCUCGGGUAAAGAAUACAACGUGAAGAUUGUUGAUACAGUCGGUAUCGGUGACACCGAACUGUCGCCUGACGAAGUCUUGCAGCGCCUCGCGACUGCCUGCAAUGAGUGCGUGGAAGGAAUCAAUUCCGUGUUUUUUGUUACAAAAGAUCGCUUUACUAAAGAAGAAGCAGAUGCGUGGGACGUUAUGUGGCAAGUUCUAUUUGGAGCAGAAGUUUUGGAGUUUAGCAGCAUCAUCAGAACAAACUUUUUGCGUUUUCGAGAUCAGGCGGCUGUCGCAAAGGACAAAGAGCAGCUAAAGCUAACCAACAAAGACGCGCAAAGAGUUUUGACUAGUGUUAGGUAUUUCUUGCAUGUUGACAAUCCUCCUUCAGAGUACGGCGGCGAAAUUAUUCGUGAGCAUUCACGGGAGAUUUUGCUUAAACAUCUGAUCGUCAAUUGUGAAGAAGUUUUCCAACCGCCGGUACUGCGUGAAGUCAAGGAAAGAAUUUCCGGUCACGUCCAGGCACAUCAGGAAGCAAGAGAUAAGAUACAACAACUGGAAGCUCAGCUGGAAGAAACUUCUAGCGAAAAAGAACGAUUAAAGCUUCGUGCAGAACUAGCGGAGGCUAAUAAAACAGAAAGAGACGAGAGUAAGGUAAUAGCACGUGUGAUGGAGCGCAUUCUAGAGAAAGACAGAGAACGAGAGGAGAGAGAAAGAGAACGAGCUGAGAGACAACAGAUGUUCGAGAUAGUGGGUGAAACACUAAAAGUACUUGGCAAUUGUUUGGUGAUGUGAUUUAAUUUCUUUAAAUGCGAAAUCCUUACAUGAUAUAAAGUUUCAUGUAGUAGCGACAGUAUUUGCUGUACUGUUCAUAGCGUGUCCGGUGCAUGCUGCACGUCGGAUUUUAUCUAUCUUUACAUGUAUACUGUGGUUGAGAUCGCAAUAGUAGU